UUAUUUUUUUGACCUCUCCACUGCCAGAGUUUCUUAGCUCGAGCUUCUGCUACCUCGUCAAGGAAGAACCAGAAACAAAAGGAUUAUUCUCCUCUGUUUUUUUUUUCGUUUCUAUCCUGUUCUCGGAGUGAGAGCGAAACGUUCCCAGGUAGCUUUCUGGCUUGAGAACGUUAUAAAGUUUUCUCUUUCUCCAUCCGUGCUGCUAUCAUUGAGCUACGUGAAGAUCUUCUUCUAGUUUGUUUAAUUGUCCUCUAACACCAGAUCACUUGGUUUCCUGUCAUGAUUUUGGAGUGGAAGAUUAUAAAGGUCGUACCUAAGAGCUAUCUUGUGACUGCAAGAAGAGACCACCGGUGGAGAAGUUGCAACUGAGAUGGGUGACGGAAGUGAUUUUGAAAAGCUGACAGUAAAAGCGCUGCUGCGGAGGAAAUUAAAGUAUCGAAAGAUUAAAGACCGCGAUGGAGAUGUGGCGUGUUAUGCUCUAUCUUCAGGCCGGAGUUUAGCAGCCUUAAAUAGUCAGGUGAAAGCUCGGAGUGACACUGAAGAAGGUGGAAUUAUUGGAAGCCCAGAGGCUGAUGCUGCAUCGAAACAACAGUCUAGUGAUGGAUUUCCUCCAAGCACUAAAGAGAGUGUUGCAGAUCAUAAAGCAGUCUCUCAUAAUCUCGGAAAAAGGAAACAUAUGGAUGAUGAUGCCACUUGCAGGCUUUGUGGGAAAAACUUUCCAUCGAUGAAGGCAUUGUAUGGUCAUAUGAGAAGCCAUGAGAGAAACUGGCGAGGACUGACUCCGCCAUCUGAAGUGCACACGCUGGUGCCAAUACCAGCUGCUGAUUUCAAAAGCUCCAAUAUAUUUUUGCCACCAUUGAAGUCGUCCGUGAUCGCAAAGAGACAUAGGAAAGCCAAAGCAGCUGCCAAUCCCAGGACGGAAGAAGAGUUGGAGGAUCCAUUGAUCAAUGCUGCCAAGAAUCUUAUGUUUUUGGCCAAUGGGGGUUUCUCUCUGGAUUCAACCCCAGCAAGGCAGCAACAAAAUAGGAACUCUGUACCAUAUAAUUCAAAACCGAUGAGCAAUGAGGACGAUCUGAAAAUCAGCACUACUGCACAAAUGGAUGCAGAUACGACUGGAAAGAGCUCGAACCAAAACAUUAAUAAUUCGGUGAUCGACUGCAAUGGAACAGUAGACAUGUCAAGCGGGAAGCCAACGAAGAAGAAAGAUGAUUUGGAAAUAGUGACCGAGUUGGCCGGAGACCAGAAGCAGUAUUUGUGCACCGCCUGCAACAAGUCAUUCUCCACUCACCAAGCACUCGGGGGUCAUACAGCGAGCCACAACAAAGGCAAGAGCAAUGCAGGAGUUGAGGAAGCAAAGCUAGCACAAGCUGAAGGUAAUUUGAUUGGCCAAAGUGGUGGUUCGGCCAUGAAAGUCUCCGAGCAUCGGUGCAAGAUCUGCAGCCUGGUAUUCCCAACGGGGCAGGCUCUUGGUGGGCACAUGCGGAAGCAUUGGACGGGUCCCGAGAAUGUUGCUGCACCCUCGUCAUCAAAGAAUGGUAAAAAAGCAAACCAAACUUCCUCAUCGUCAGAGAAUGCUACAAAAGCAACCCAACCCUCCUCACCAUCGGAGAAUGCUCCAAAAGCAGAACAUCGUUAUCUAGAUAUCGAUAUCAAUGAGCCUGCACCGCCCGAAGACGCCGGAUAGCUCGCAGGACGUGGGCUUGGAGGAAAGAUGGAAGUGUGCAUUGCGGUUUCAAGUUACAAAUAAGUCAAAAAAAAAAAAAUCUGUGAUUGAAUUAUUCAGAAUUAGACUGUUAGACAAUAAGAGAGGACUGAAGCUUGUUUUGGAUUACUAAAUUUUGUUGGUUUCUCUUCCAUGGUCCUGGUUUCUUUCUUUAGUUGUGACGAUUUUUUAUGUCCCUAAGGAUGGUGGAAAGGUCAAUUGAAGCCUUCUCCUUCUAUCUACCUAUGAUAUAUGCAAUCCACA